GUUCCAUUGCUGGCGAGGAGCUACAUUCCUUUGGAGGAGAAGAGGUGCUCUGCUUUUAGAAUUUUCAGCUUUUCUGCUCUGCAGCAGAUCUGUUGGAGUUUGCUGGAGGUCCACUCCAGACUGUGUUUGCCUGGGUAUCACCAGUGAAGGCUGCAGAACAGCAAAUAUUGCAGAAAGGCAAAUGUUGCUGCCUGAUCCUUCCUCUGGAAGCUUUGUCUCAGAGGGGCACCCAGCUGUAUGAGGGACUCAGUGUGCUUCCACAAAUGGUAGAAGGUGAAGAGGAGCCAGUGUCUGUAGAUUACAUGGUGAGAGAGGAAGCAGAGGGAGGAAGAGGUGCCAGGCUCUUUUCAACAACUAGUUCUCUUAGGAACUAUGAGUGAAAACUCAUUCACUUCCACGAGAAUGGCACUAAGCCAUUUUUAGGGAUCUACCGCUACUAUCCAAACACCUCCUACCAGGCCCCACCUCCAUCAUUGGGAAUCAGAUUUUAACAUGCAAUUUGGUGAGUGAUAUCAAUCUAAAUCAUAGACACCUUCAGGAGACAUUUGACAGUGUUUGGAGACAUUUUUGCUUGUCACAACUGGAAGUGGUGCUACUGGCAUCUAGUGUGUAGAAGUCAGAAGGGAUGUUGGUAAACGUUUUACAAUGCACAGGGCAGAGGACAGCCCCAUUCUGCUUCUAAACACAGACUCAUCCAGUCCCAAAUGCCAGUAGUGCUAAGGCUACUUUGAAGUUCGAUAAAAUGAAAGCCAGCCUGGGCAACGUGAUUUAUGGUGGAUUAUUUUCUGAAGAUAAGUGUUGGUACAGAUGCAAAGUACUGAAAAUCAUCAGCGAUGAAAAGUGUCUGGUGCGGUACAUUGACUAUGGAAAUACUGAAAUUCUAAAUCGAUCUGAUAUAGUUGAAAUUCCUUUGGAGCUGCAGUUUUCUAGUGUUGCCAAAAAGUAUAAACUUUGGGGACUACACAUUCCUUCUAAUCAAGAAGUUACCCAGUUUGAUCAGGGCACAACCUUUUUGGGGAGCUUGAUUUUCGAAAAGGAAAUUAAAAUGAGAAUUAAAGCAACCUCUCAAGAUGGAACAGUUAUUGCUCAGGCUGAGUAUGGCAGUGUGGAUAUAGGGGAAGAAGUGUUUAAGAAAGGAUUUGCAGAGAAAUGCAAACUUACUUCCAGAACUGACAUCUGUGAGGAAAAAAAAUUGGAUCCUGGUCAGCUUGUUCUCAGGAACCUCAAAAGCCCCAUUCCUUUGUGGGGGCAUAGAUCAAACCAGUCAACUUUCAGCAGGCCCAAGGGGCACUUAAGUGAGAAGCUGACUCUUGACUUGAAGAAUGAAAAUGAUGCAGGAAAUCUUAUGACAUUUCCAAAGGAAAGUUUGGCUGUUGGUGACUUUAAUUUAGGGUCUAAUGUCAGCCUGGCAAAAAUUAAGCAGGACCAGAAACUGAUUGAAGAAAAUGAAAAACUUAAAACAGAGAAGGACGCUCUUCUCGAAAGUUAUAAGGCAUUAGAAUUGAAAGUAGAACAGAUUGCCCAGGAGCUGCAGCAAGAGAAAGCAGCUGCUGUGGAUUUGACUAAUCACUUAGAAAGCACUCUGAAGACCUGUAUAGAUACCAGAAUGAAAAAUCUGGCAGCUAAGAUGGAAAUACUGAAAGAAAUGAGGCAUGUCGGCGUCAGUGUUCGUUUCGGAAAUAACCUUUCAGAUGCUAUACAAGUGUUGGAUGAAGGGUGCUUUACUACUCCAGCUUCUUUGAAUGGAUUAGAGAUAAUAUGGGCAGAAUACAAUCUGGCUCAGGAGAAGAUUAAAACUUGUGAAUAUGUGAAUGAAGGGAAUAUUUUGAUUGCCCAAAGAAAUGAAAUGCAGCAGAAGCUGUACAUGUCAGUAGAAGAUUUUAUUCUGGAAGUUGAUGAGUCAUCUCUUAAUAAACGCUUAAAAACAUUGCAGGAUUUGUCAGUCUCUUUAGAAGCAGUGUAUGGAGAAGCCAAAGAAGGAGCAAAUUCUGAUGAAAUACUUAAAAAAUUUUAUGACUGGAAGUGUGAUAAAAGAGAGGAGUUCACCAAUGUUAGAAGCGAAACAGACGCUUCUCUGCAGCGUCUGGUAGCAUGGUUCCAAAGAACCUUAAAGGUUUUUGACCUAUCUAUGGAAGAACCACUGAUUUCUGAAGACACAGUUGAUAAUAUUGAUGAAAUCCUAGAGAAGACUGAGUCAAGUGUCUGCAAAGAGCUGGAGAUAGCUCUGGUUGAUCAAGGUGAUGCAGACAAGGAGAUAAUUUUAAAUACAUAUAGUCAAGUACUGCAAAAGAUUCGUUCAGAGGAAAGGCUCAUUGCCACAGUACAAGCUAAGUACAAGGACAGUAUUGAGUUUAAAAAGCAGCUUAUUGAAUAUUUAAAUAAGAGUCCCAGUGUAGAUCACUUGCUGUCCAUUAAGAAGACAUUGAAAAGCUUAAAAGCUCGACUGAGAUGGAAAUUGGUUGAAAAGAAUAAUUUGGAAGAGUCAGAUGACCCUGAUGGCUCUCAAAUUGAGAAAAUAAAAGAAGAAAUAACUCAGCUGCGCAAUAAUGUUUUUCAGGAAAUUUAUCAUGAGAGGGAGGAAUAUGAGAUGCUGACUAGUUUGGCACAGAAAUGGUUCCCUGAGCUGCCUCUGCUUCAUCCUGAAAUAGGGUUACUCAAAUACAUGAACUCUGGUGGCCUCCUUACAAUGAGCUUGGAACGAGAUCUUCUUGAUGCUGAGCCCAUGAAGGAACUUAGCAGCAAGCGUCCUUUGGUAUGUUCUGAGGUUAAUGGGCAGAUAAUUCUGUUAAAGGGCUAUUCUGUGGAUGUUGACACAGAAGCCAAGGUGAUUGAGAGAGCAGCCACCUACCAUAGAGCUUGGAGAGAAGCUGAAGAAGAGUCAGGGUUACUACCAUUGAUAUUCUUGUUUUUAUGUAAGUCCGAUCCUAUGGCUUACCUGAUGGUCCCAUACUACCCUAGGGCAAACCUGAGUACUGUUCAAACCAGCAUGCCUUUAAAUUCAGAAGAAGCUUUAAAGGUCAUGAAAGGUGUUGCCCAGGGCCUGUAUACAUUGCAUAAGGCUGAUAUAAUUCAUGGAUCACUUCAUCAGAACAACGUAUUUGCUAUAAACCGUGAACAAGGAAUUGUUGGAGAUUUUGAUUUCACCAAAUCUGUGAGUCAGCGAGCCUCAGUGAACAUGAUGGUUGGUGACUUGAGUUUGAUAUCACCUGAGUUGAAAAUGGGAAAACCUGCUUCUCCAAGUUCAGACUUAUAUGCUUAUGGCUGCCUUUUAUUAUGGCUUUCUGUUCAAAAUCAGGAGUUUGAGAUAAAUAAAGAUGGAAUCCCGAAAGUGGAUCAGUUUCAUUUGGAUGAUAAAGUCAAAUCCCUCCUCUGUAGCUUGAUAUAUUAUAGAAGUUCAAUGACUGCUGAACAAGUUUUAAAUGCUGAAUGUUUCUUGAUACCAAAAGAGAAAUCAGUUCCAAACCCAGAAAAAGAUACUGAAUACACCCCAUAUAAAAAGGAAGAAGAAAUAAAGAUGGAGAACUUGGAUAAAUGUAUGGAGAAGACAAGAAAUGGUGAAGCCAACUUUGAUUGUUAAAUUAUUAUUCUGUUAUUGUUGCAGAUGUUCUUUUUAAAAAUUUGUUUAGUUUGGUUAAUACACAGAAAUAUCUAGAAAUGUUCUGGGACUAGUUGGGUUGUAUCUUUAGUAUUCAGGUUGUGAAAAAUAAAGAUGUUUGGCUAUGCAC